AUGGAGGCUGGACCCGUCAAAGGAGGCAUACUUGGAAAUGACUGUGGAUUGGGAAAGACAUUUACAACUUUUGACCUUAUUGCGAUGAUGGCGGCCAAAUGUGUUCGUUUCGCGAAAGAAGGAAAGAAAUUCGAUGUACGUCCCACGUUGAUUGUGGUACCACCAAGCUUGAUCGGCAGUUGGUAUGAAGAGUGGCACAAAUACUGGAAAAAGAUCACCGACAAGGCAUUUUGUCCAAGCCUCUUCUAG